AUGGACAACACCAGCUCCUCGCUCUGCUUCCCCAACCUCAACUCCUCCUGCAGACGCCUGCUACGACCACAGUCUGAGACCACUCUGCUCUACACGCUGCUCGUCUUCUUCUCUCUGCUGACCGUGGCUCUCAAUUCACUCGUCGUCUUCUCCAUCUCCUACUUCCGGCAGCUUCACACUCCGACCAACAACCUGCUGCUGUCUCUGGCUGUGUGUGACCUGCUAGUGGGGCUGCUGGUGAUGCCUGUUGAAGGCCUGCGCUACAUAGAGACAUGCUGGCUGCUGGGGAGGCUCAUGUGUGCUCUGAGUUCUUAUCUGUUUUACUGCCUGGUGUCGACCUCCUUGGGCCACAUGGUGCUCAUAUCCAUCGUUCGCUACCUGACUAUCUGUGAUCCCCUGCAUAACUACUCAAGGAUCACCGUCACUAAUAUCAACAUCUUUAUCUUUGUCUGCUGGGCCUCUUCACUUCUAUACAACGGCUUAAUUCUAAUGGAGCACAUGGGGAACCCUGACAGAUUCAGCUCCUGUCAUGGGGAGUGUGUGGUGGUCGUCAGCUACAUCCCGGGAACCAUUGACCUCUUUGUCACUUUUGUGGCACCCUGUACUGUCAUGGCUGUGCUGUACAUGAGGGUGUUUGUAGUUGCCAUUUAUCAAGCACGCGUAAUUCAGUCACAGACUGCUGCCACCAACGUCAGAGCAGCUCCAACAGCUAAGAGUUCACAGAGGAAGGCAGCCAGGACUCUGGGGAUUCUGAUAGUUGUGUUUCUAAUGUGUUUCUGUCCAUAUUAUUACCCCACAUUUGCAGGUGAAUACACCUCCAGUAACUUGUCCUACUAUUCUAUACUCACUUGGAUUGAGUUGAUUAACUCUUGCUUAAAUCCCCUCAUUUAUGCCCUGUUUUACCCCUGGUUCAGAAAAGCUAUUAAGCUCAUCUUUACACUGAGAAUGUUGCAGGAUAACUACAGGAAGGUCGUCAUCAUAUGA